AUGGCUACGGCUAUUAAAACUCGUGAUGUUAUUUGUCUCAAAGGAUCUGCCCAACUUAUUCAGGAAUUUUUUCAUUUCGGUCUUAAUAGUAUCCUUUACUUGAGAGGUUUAUAUCCCGCAGAUUCUUUCAAACGGGAAAAGAAAUAUGGACUCACCAUGCUCGUUACUAAUAAUCCGGCCUUGCAGCAGUAUUUGACGCCACUCCUUGAACAAGUCAAAUACUGGUUGGAAAACAAGAAGUUAAGGAAACUGGUUGUUGUUAUUUCAAAUAUACAGACUAAAGACAUACUGGAGCGAUGGCAAUUUGACAUUGAAACAGAUGCAGUUAUUCAGCAAGACAGUGAAAACUCGACGAAACAAAAGGAUGAAAAGAAGAUCAAACAAGAAAUAGCUGAUGUCAUCAGGCAAAUAACAGCUUCGGUAACGUUUCUACCGUUGCUUGAAGCACCGUGUUCGUUUGACGUGCUAAUUUAUACAGGUAAAGAGACGGAUACACCGGAGGACUGGACAGAAAGUAAUGCAUGCAUAAUUAAUGACGCUGAGCAAGUACAACUCCGUUCUUUUUCAACGGCUGUACAUUCAGUGCAUACGCAAGUGUCUUACAAACCCUGCUUGUGA